AUGAGACUUAGCGCUGUUAUCAAAUCAGCAUGCUUCCUCCUUCUUGGUCAAAGCACCAUUUCUGAAGGUGCAAAGACCCCCCAGGGCUUUCUCCAGACUUGGCCUAUUCCCGAUGGCGUCCCUAUCGCAACCUCUUUUGAUGUCAAAGCUCGCGUUCCCGGUGGCAAGUGGGAAAAGAUUGAAACAUAUCAACCAGUUCACAACGAGGUCAACUUUACCACCGGCGGUUCUAUCAAGCACAACUCAUCUCUGGCAUAUUUCGAUUUCAACGGUACUGUAGAGAUUCAAGCCAGAUAUCUCAAUGAUCGAGUUUCCAAGGCCGUUAUCAGGCCUUACUCCCUCAACCUAACCCCUAAAAGGUCUGGUUCAGUUGUUACUUUUACCUUGAACGAGCCGCGAGAUGUCAUUGUUCAAGUCAACGAUGACAUCUUCGAUGUUCUGCACAUUUUCACCAACCCCCCUGAUACAAACGUGCCAUCUGAAAAGGAUAAAGAUGUCAUUUACUACGGCCCUGGCUAUCAUAAGCUCAACUCUACGCUUGAGGUUGGAUCUGGCAAAACUCUUUAUGUCGCCGGCGGAGCAGUGGUUUCAGCUCCCGAUAUCACAGUGACCAACUCGACUGAUGUGAUCAUACGUGGACGAGGUCUCUUGUACAGUCCAAAGGGAAAUUCCCUACAGAUCUACCGAUCCAGCAACGUCUUGAUCGAGCGUCUCGUUGGUAUCAACUUCCUCCCUAGGGCGUAUGAGUCAAAGGACGUGACAUUCAGUCAUUGGCGCGACUUCAGCGCAGUGCAAUGGGGAGAUGGAAUGGACGUUUAUUGCUGCGAGAACGUCCUUAUCGAUUCCGUCUUCUUGCGCAAUUCGGACGACUGUAUCGCAGUUUACGCUCACAGAAAUGAAUGGUACGGAAACUCGACAAACAUCACCAUCCAAAACUCAAUUCUGUGGGCCGAUGUCGCGCAUCCGAUUAAUAUUGGAACCCAUGGCAAUACUGAGGACCCCGAGACCAUUGCAGGUCUAACUAUUCGCAACAUCGACAUCCUCGACCAAAGAGAGGGACAGGUCGACUACCAAGGGACUAUUGCACUCAAUCCUGGAGAUGGCAACCUGAUUCAAGACGUCUUGAUUGACGAUGUACGUGUCGAAGAUAUUCGCGUUGGCCAACUGCUUAACUUCCGUGUCAUGUACAAUACCAAGUACAACACAUCACCGGGCCGAGGGAUCAAGGAUGUGCUGGUGCGUGAUUUGAAGUACAAUGGGACAAAGGCCAGCAUGUCCAUCUUUGUCGGUUAUGAUGAGGACCGGACGAUCAGCAAUGUUACGUUCGAAAACCUGGUUAUUAAUGGGAAGGUCAUCUCGGACAACAUGCAGAAGCCGGGCUGGUAUUUGACUACGGAUUUUAUUCCGGCAUAUGCAAAUGAGCAUGUGAACAACAUGACAUUCACGACUACUUGA